AUGACUGAAACUAGCUCUUACAUCAAGAACCUAGAGAUACAGAUUGGUCAGCUGAUCAAGCGGAUACCAGAGAUUCCUUCAAACACUCUUCUAAGUAACAUAGAGGUUAAUCUAAAAGAAGAGUGCAAAUCCCUCACUAUAGAGGUCAUGCCCGAACCCAAGGGGGUUGCCAAGGAAAUCAGAGCUCGUAAGGAGACUGAGAAAGUCACCUUACAUGCCCCUCAGCUGAGAGAGGAAUCUGAAGAAUACUCUUCUUCAGAAGAGGAUGGGGAGUCCAAGGAAGAGCAAAUCGCUCGGUACUUGGCCAUACUCAGGAAGCUGAAAGCCAACUCUUUCCAAAUAGAGGCAUUGGAGGAGGAAGAUGAGCCUAUGGUGCUGGCCAAGGACUGUACUGCCUUGGUCCAGAAGAAGCUUUCUCAGAAGUUGCUGCAUCCUAGAAGCUUUCUGAUUCCCUAUACUAUAGGGACCAUCACCUUUGAGAAGGUAUUAUGUGAUCAUGGUUCAAGCAUCAAUCUGAUGCCUCUAUCUAUAAAGAAGAGGCUAGGAAUACUAAAAGUGCAAAGUGCCAAGAUCUCAUUGGAAAUGGCAGACAAGUCCCUGAAAAGGGCAUAUGGUACGGUAGAAAAUGUCCUGGUAAAGGUCGACAACUUUUACAUCUCUGUUGAUUUCAUAAUCUUAGAUAAUGGGGAGGACAGAGAUGAAUCCAUCAUCCUUGGAAGCCCUUUUUUAGCCACUGUCAAGGCCAUACUUGAUGUAUAA